UUCGUUUAUUAAACAUGUCGGACAAGGUAAGCGGGAGGAAACAACCAAGCUUUGUACCCAGACAAGGUACAUCGCGUGAAAAGGGAACCAGUAGUUCUGAUAUGUCGGUAUACAAAAGUUCUGCGGAAGAAUCAGUAAGAAAUAAGGACCGAAAACAGUCGUCUAUUUACAAAAGUUCUGAGGAAUAUUUCGAGUAUAGCUGUGAUCCCUGCAAAACUGUCGGUGAUCAUGUUGAGGCUCAGGGAUACUGUACUAAUUGUGAAGAAUAUCUCUGUGGCACGUGCUUUAGAAGCCAUUCUAGGAGCAAGGCAUCAAAACAUCACACUCUGUUGGACAAGGACGCUAUGCCAAAAAUGACUGCUAAAAUCUGCGAUCCGUGUAAAACAGCCGGGGACGAAGUAGAGGCCGCUGGAUACUGUAAGGAUUGUGACGAAUAUUUAUGUGAUAGCUGUUACAAGAGUCAUUCGAGGAGUAAAACAUCGAGGCACCAUGUGUUGGUGGACAAAGACAAGAUAUCCGAAGAAUCCGACCGUGCUGUUACAUCUUCCAUUGUUAAAAUGAAUAUCCAUACAAAAGGCGCCGGCGAGGUGAAUUACAAUGAAGAAUAUACUCACCUGCGUGAUAUCAAUAUUAAGGCUGACACUGACGAAAAGGACUGUUACAUUACUGGAAUGACUUUACUCUCGGACACUGAGCUGGUUCUGUGUGAUGUUAAUAACAACUCGCUUAAACUCGUUGAUGUUGAAAAUGGUAUCAUCAAGGACGUUUUCGUAUUACAAGCUGGACCACUCGGAAUCACAGCGAUAUCCAAGGACCAGGUAGCUGUUGUGUUAGGCAACAAACAUCAGAUACAGAUUAUUUCAAUACGUGGAAGACUAUCCGUAGUUCGUACUAUUAAAACUACCGGUGAUUGUGUAGACGUGAAACUUAAUAGUGGAAAAUUAUAUGUGUCCUUUUGGGAACCUGUACAAUUUCAGAUUCUUCAAAUGACAGGUGCAAUAAUUAAGACAAUCAAGCCGGAGUCUGAAGUACUAAAACACUGUGCUCACCCGCGUCAUAUUGCAGUGAGUCCUGAUGAGGGUAUGAUCUACGUGUUUGACUGGAAAACAAAGAAAGUUAUGUCAUGGAUAUGA